AGCACUGCCCUACAGGCUACAACAGAGGGAAGGGCGGCUGCAUCGAGAUUGAGAAGAGAAACGCAGAAGGAUGCUGCCGGGAAUGUUGGACUCGCGGUCGGUGCAGCUGACCCUGGUCGGCCUCCUCCUCGUCGUCGCCUCCUUCUACGCUGGCACCCUCUUCAGCCCCACUCCCUCCCCCCUCCUCCUCCCCCCCUCCUCCUCCUCCUCUCCUCCUCUCUCAAACACUCCAGGUAACCUGCAGUUCCGAAGCAGAGUUGCUCUUACGUACCGGACGGCACCGGUCUCUAUUCCAGAAGAUGGGAUGCACGUGUGCCCUUUGCAGUAUAACGAAUAUAUCCCUUGCCACGAUGCGAGUUACAUAAAGAGCCUGUCGAAGAGCUUGGAUGUGUCUAGAAGAGAAGAUCUCGAGAGCCAUUGCCCUCCUCUUGAUAAGAGAUUGUUUUGUUUGGUGCCCCCGCCGACCGACUACAAGAUACCGAUAAAGUGGCCGACCAGUAGAGAUUAUGUCUGGCUUAGUAACGUGAACCAUUCGCAUCUUGCUGAGGUCAAAGGAGGGCAGAAUUGGAUUCAUGAGAAGGGGAAGCUUUGGUGGUUCCCCGGAGGCGGUACUCAUUUCAAGCACGGCGCUGCGGAGUACAUCGAGAGGCUAGGAAAUAUGACAACCGAUGAAACAGGUGAUCUGCGCACGGCCGGGGUGGUUCAAGUGUUGGAUGUUGGUUGCGGAGUUGCCAGUUUUUCUGCUUAUUUACUUCCGCUGGACAUUCACACAAUGUCUUUUGCUCCAAAAGAUGGCCAUGAAAAUCAAAUUCAGUUUGCUCUGGAACGGGGAAUUGGUGCAAUGAUUUCUGUGUUGGCCACAAAGCAGCUACCUUUUCCUCGAAACUCAUUUGAAAUGGUCCAUUGCUCACGAUGCCGUGUUGAUUGGCACGAAAAUGAUGGGAUAUUGCUCAAAGAGGUUGAUCGUCUAUUGCGGCCAAAUGGAUAUUUCGUAUACUCUGCUCCACCUGCUUAUAGAAAAGAUAAAGACUAUCCAAUCAUUUGGGACAAGCUGGUUAAUCUUACUGCAGCAAUGUGCUGGAAACUCAUUGCUAGGCAGGUCCAAACUGCCAUAUGGCUGAAACCAGAAGAUGACUCAUGUAGAAAGCAAAAUGCUGAGAGGAAUCUGUUAUCUAUUUGCGAUGCCAUAGAUGAUUCUGUUCCAUCAUGGAAAACACCAAUGAGGAACUGUUUGAUAUUAAGCACUGAGCAAUCUAAUUUUCAGAGGUUGCCACCUAGGCCAGAUCGCCUGUCAGUUUAUUCAAAAAGUCUGGAGAAAAUAGGAGUGACUCCAGAGAAGUUUGAUAUGAACAACCAAUUUUGGCAAGAGCAGGUUCGCCAGUAUUGGACAUUAAUCAGUGCCGACAAGACUGAUAUCCGAAAUGUUAUGGACAUGAGUGCUUACUAUGGCGGCUUUUCUGUGGCUCUAAGUACCUUGCCAGCGUGGGUAAUGAAUAUAGUUCCAACAACAGUGCCCAAUAGUCUAUCAGCUAUCUAUGAUCGCGGACUGAUUGGUGCUUUUCAUGACUGGUGUGAGCCCUUCUCAACAUAUCCCCGUACAUAUGAUCUGCUCCAUGCUUUCCAUCUCUUUUCUCUCUACAAAGGUCGUGGGGAAGAUUGCACCGUUGAAGAUAUCAUGCUAGAGAUGGAUCGCAUAAUUCGCCCCCAGGGUUUUAUCAUUAUCAGAGACGAGGAUUCUAUUGUCUCCAGAAUCAGAGAUCUUGCACCCAAAUUUCUUUGGGAUACGACAUCACAUAUGUUAGAAAACGAGGAAAAAAGAUUGGAGCCUGUGCUGAUUUGCAGGAAGAAAUUUUGGGCCAUUGUUUGAGACGGAGAAUAUAAUGGAUGAUUGCCUUAAACAACAGUUUCUGUGUGUAAAAGCAUAAAUCUUUUUCUUCAGAUUGCAUGAAAAGUAAUAGGUGGGAAACAUCUUGUAAGUAUCAAAAUCAUCCUUCAGAAGUUCUCUCUGCUGCUUCACUACACAGCUUCAUCGAGACGAUGGUCAGUACUUUUUUUUUUUCAUUUUCCUUUUUUUUUUAGAGAAAUGAGCAUUGAGGAAGAUCCUUCUGUUUUAUGGAGUUUUAAGAUGUUUGGCUAUUACAUGAGGGUCCAUUAAUAUUCUCUUUGUAGGGCUGUACGAAAGUGGGUGUUAACCAUAAGUGCUAUUCUACCAGGUCUUCAUGAUACUAGGGCUUCUUUGAUUUAUUUAUUAAUUUUUUUUUUUUGGAUCAUAUAGGAACAAACUUUACUUUUCACAUUUUCAUUCUAUUGUUUUGUGAAUCUGUGAUAGAUUGAUUAAUCACUAUGUUUAGAAACCAAAUGCUUCAAUGAGAAUAGAUGAGUGGUGCUCAUAUGGCAAAUUGGAAGUACUUGAUCUUCGUAUCACAAAUAAUUGUCACACUGUAUUAAUGUAGCAUGAACAUUUUUUCGCUGCCCUUUUU